AUGGAUAAGGCUAUCGGAAAGAAGAAGUUUCUAGACUUAUUCCCAGAACUUGUUGAUGAGUUAUUGGAUGUUCUGAGGGAGAAUGGCAUGCCCAAGGAUGCAAUCACCUGGUUUGAAAACAACCUAAAUUACAACACACCAGGUGGUAAAUUGAACAGAGGCUUAUCCGUGGUUGAUACAUAUGCAUUGUUGAAAGGGUUCAAGUCGUAUGACGACUUUGAGCCAAGUGAAUAUAAGAAGGCUGCAAUUUUGGGAUGGUGCAUUGAACUACUACAAGCGUAUUUCUUAGUUGCGGAUGAUAUGAUGGAUCAGUCCAUUACCAGAAGAGGCCAACCUUGUUGGUACAGAGUAGAGGGUGUUAAGGAGAUUGCAAUCAAUGACGCCUUUAUGUUGGAAGGUGCAAUCUACAUAUUGUUGAAGAAGUACUUCAGAGAGAACGAGUAUUAUGCUGAUUUGUUAGAUCUAUUCCACCAAGUCACAUUCCAAACCGAGAUGGGUCAAUUAUUGGAUUUAAUCACGGCACCAGAAGACCAUGUUGAUUUGUCCAAAUUUUCUCUUGAAAAACAUUCAUUUAUUGUUAUUUACAAGACAGCAUUCUACUCAUUCUAUUUACCAGUUGCCCUAGCCAUGUAUAUGGCUGGUGUCACUGAUGAGAGGGAUUUCAAGCAAGCAAGAGACGUUUUGAUUCCAUUGGGUGAAUACUUCCAAAUUCAAGAUGAUUACUUGGACUGUUUUGGUAAGCCCGAAGAUAUUGGCAAGAUUGGUACCGAUAUCCAAGAUAACAAGUGUUCUUGGGUUGUUAAUACUGCAUUGAAGAUCUGUACACCACAACAGAGGAAAAUGUUGGACGAAAACUAUGGUCGGAAGAAUCCAGACAACGAGAAGGUAUGUAAGGAUCUCUUCUAUGAGUUGAAGAUUGAUUCCCUCUAUCACGACUAUGAGGAACAGGUUGCAAAGAAGUUGCAAGAACAAAUCAAGGAAAUCGAUGAAUCUAGAGGUUUCAAGGGCCAGGUUCUUACUGCAUUCUUCAACAAGAUCUACAAGCGUUCUAAAUAA